AUGAAGGCUGUAAAAGAGGCAUAUUCAGCUUCGGGACUUGAUCUUGUUGGUCUUAUAGCACCUAAGUCAUCAGUAGGACAUUCUUACAUCCUUGCAGCAACGAGUUACUUUUCAAGUUGGGUCAAGGCCAUCGCCCUGCAAGAAGCUAAGAAGAAAAAUGCAAUGGACUUUAUCCGAACUCACAUCAUCUGCUGGUAUGGUAUUCUCCUUCAAACAGUGACAGAUAAUGGGAGGCAAUUUUCCAAUAGCUUGAUGUAUAAAUUAUGUGAGAAAUCCAAGUUCAAGCAAUACAAGUCAUCCAUGUACAAUGCAACUGCAAAUGAGUUGAUAGAGGCAUUCAACAAAACAUUGUAUAAUCUACUAAAGAAAAUUGUCUCUAAGUGGAAAAGAGAUUGGCAAGAGAAGAUUGAAGAAGCAUUAUGGGUUUAUCAAACUACUCAUCAUACUCCUACAGAAGUUACACCAUAUUCUCUUGUUUAUAAAGUGAAAGUUGUUCUCUCUCUAGAAAGAGAAAUCUCAUCACUAAGAAUGGCAGUGCAAGAAGAGUUGACCAUAGAAGACAAUACCAAGUUACAUCUUUAA